CAAUCACACUCCCUCCUCUUUGAAGAACCCAUUUAUCUUCUUGCCCGUCUACCGUUCCUCCUUAUCCGUUCAUCUUGUCGGUGUUUCUCUUCCAAAUUUUGGAUUCUAGAAUUACGGGAUCGAGAAUCUGGCGGGAAUCGUUUUACCUGAUCGAGCUGUCAUCGCCGAUUUUUAGCGUACAAUUCGGAGAGCCCUGUUGCGAGUUUCGGUCGUGAUUCGGCCUAAUUUUCGUAUCUAUAAAAGGACGCGAGAUGGGGUCGUUGCAAGGACCAGUUGUUUGCCCCACUAUUCGUGCAAAGCAAGCAGGAUUGUACUCUCUGCCACUCAAUCGUUCUUUAAUGGCUUUUAGUUUUCGAAGAGGCGAAUUAUGGGGAUUCACGGGGAUCAACGGUUUGAAUGCUAACUUGCCAGCUGCUUCUAACAAAGGUUGUGCUAGAAAAUGCAAGACUCUGCGUUGCAGCUUCAGUUCAUCAUCUGAUGGCAACGGAAGUACAGCAGAGAACUUCAACGAGAAGGAUGAAGAGUAUGUUGAAUCGAGCGUGGUUGAGGCUGUUGAGGUGAAAAGUGGUGCGGACGGUUUCAUGAUUAAAAUGAGGGAUGGUAGGCACUUAAGGUGUGUUCACAACAACCCUCACGGUGGACAUCUGCCUGAUUAUGCUCCACAUCCCGCAAUCGUGUUGAAGAUGGAAGAUGGGACUGGUCUUCUUCUUCCCAUAAUCGUCUUGGAGAUGCCGAGUGUGCUGCUUCUGGCUGCUGUGCGCAAUGUUCCAAUUGCCAGACCAACUAUGUAUCAAGUGGUAAAAGAGAUGAUCGACAAGAUGGGUUAUGAAGUCAAACUUGUAAGGGUUACCAAGAGAGUGCAUGAGGCAUAUUUUGCUCAGUUAUACCUCUCAAAGAUUGGCUGUGAGAAUGACUGUCUCAGCUUUGAUCUUCGACCUUCAGAUGCCAUAAACAUUGCAGUACGAUGCAAGGUGCCCAUUCAAGUGAACAAAUAUCUAGCAUACAGUGAUGGUAUGAGAGUUGUUGAAACUGGGAAACUGUCAAUCCAGGCCCCUGCUACAGAUGGCUUAUUAUUCACUGAGCUGGAUCGGCCAAGUGGUCAGCCUUGUGAUGAAGCCAAAGAGUUUAAUCUAGUGAGGAAUAUGCUGAUAGCUGCUGUCGAAGAGCGCUAUAGAGAUGCUGCUCAGUGGAGGGACAAGCUCAAUCUGCUGCGGGCUAGGAGGAAUUUGGCAUAAGAGUUGCUCCUGGAGAAAGUGUACUUGUAAAUAGAACGGAAUUGUUCGUGGCCGAGGAUGGUUCGUGUCGGUAAACUAUUGCCUCUUCUACUCAGUAUUAUGUAUUUAGCCACUCUGUGAAUGUACAUAUCUAUAAUAUAUAUAUAUAUAUAUAUAUAUAUGUGUAGAUAGAACUUGGUGGUGUCGGGUCGUCAAAUGUGUUCCAAGUGAAAUGCAUGACAUAACCAAUUCCUUCGAUGCUUCACAAUCGCAAUGACUAAUUUGUCAGUGAAACAAACAUUGCUUAUUUAUAUCUUAGUCACUGCUUAUAGACU